AUGGCCUCCGCCGCGCUGGCCUCCGGGCGCCAAGCCGAGGAUGCGUUGCCGCCGCCCGCCGAGCCGCCGCUGCCCGACACGAAGCCUCAGCCGCCGCCGGUCGCCGCGCCCCAGCAGCCGUCGCCGAGGCCUCCGUCGCCGGCGGGCGUGAAGGAGGAGAGCUACUCCUUUCUGCCGCUGGUCCACAACAUCAUCAAAUGCAUGGACAAGGACAGCCCAGACAUCCACCAUGACCUGAGCGCCCUCAAGGCCAAGUUCCAGGAGAUGCGGAAGGUUGUCGGCGCCAUGCCUGGCCUCCACCUCAGCCCUGAGCAGCAGCAGCAACAGCUGCACAGCCUCCGGGAGCAGGUCAGGACCAAGAACGAACUUCUGCAGAAGUACAAGAGCCUCUGUAUGUUUGAGGUCCCCAAGGACUAGAUGGGCCCCUCGGGGGUUCCGAGAGCAAAAGAGCAGGCCAUCUACUGCCGCCCAGCCCCAGUGUGCUCUCUGUGAAAGUGUUUCUCCUGGACCCCAGCUCUGAGCUGACAGCUGGCUGGGCGCUGACUGGGGCUUCCUUGUAUGUCCGUACAUCUAGGUGCUGGAUAGCUGGAGAGCCUGCUGGUGGAAAGAAGGGUGUUUCUGGAGGCUGCAGAGGGCUGUAGGGCUCUGACCGGCCCCGGGGAGGGGCCAUCUGCUGGGGGUGUGGACUCCAUCUCUGCCUCGGUCUGUGUGCACCAGAUAUGGACUGCCGGUGCUGCGGGCCUUCCUGGAGCUCGUCGGACGCCGGAGGCUGUGCACCUGGCACACGGUGCCGAGGCUGUUGAGAGCACCGUUGGAAGACUCCAGGGUGGGGUUCUGUCCUGAGACAGUUUGUUUUCUUUGUAUUUGAGCCAGUGAAUGUAAGUAACUGUGUCCCUGGGGGUGGCACAAAGUCCCCCAGAGCCUUGUCCAGGUUCUCUGCCACCUGUGUGCUCUUGUUACUUGUAGCUGUUGUUCCCUUUGUCACUGUCACCCUCAGGCAUCUCGGCCAGCCAGUCAGGGCCCAGGGACGGCCGAAGCACGUCCAGCCCCACGAGGGUGAGGGGCGUGUUUGCACAGCACAGGCAGGCUUCCAGGCAGGCCCCGCAGCCCAGCACGCCAGGCCCCCAUCUUGUUUGGGAGAGUACUUCCCCUCUGGCCUUCUCACUGAAGAGCUGGCCGCAGCGCUGCUGCACUGCCACAGGCUCAGGGUGGGCCUUUGCUCAGAGCACGGCCACGCCAGGGGACUGACCAUCUCUCAGCUGGGCGUCCCUCAGCCGGGCGUGAAUCCGCUCUGAAGGGCGGUGGGGCGAGCUAAACCCAGAAGUUAUGCAGCCCAGUCUGGUUCGUAAAUGUUUGCAAACACCCCUAGUUUGCUACAGGUGGGAGGUGUUAUUUGCAUAUUCUUCUCUUGCCUGUAAGGAUGAGGUGAGAAUAGUAACCGAAUGUUGUUUAAAUCUAGAAAUGAGGGCGCACCCUGUGCUGACCGCUCAGGGGCUUAGCAGCUGCCUGCUGACCGACCUGUCGGCAGGUGUCUGGUUGAAGAUGUGUUGGCAGGGCUCGGGUUCACAUGGGCUGCAGACCACCCUCGGUGGCAGGCACAUGGGGGACUCAGUUGGGGGGGUCAGGUUUCCAUGCCGUUGGACAGAAGGGCAGGCUCUGAAUUUAAAUGGGUUUCACCUUUAGACUUCCUCCUUGGGGCUGUUAUUUAACUGAAUCAGUUAAUUUCUUGAAAUUUCAGGGUAGUGUGUGGGCCGGUUUUAAGGCCCUGACCAAGUACCAUGAAACAGAAAUAUGGACCGCCGUGUCUCUGCACGGCAGAAAUGUCACUGUUAUGGCUGAUGUUUUUCAAGAGUUUAAUUAAAAGGACUUUGCUCUGC